AUGCUGCAAGUCAUUGAUCUCAACGUUGUCACAAGUGAAGACGAAUUGUCACCGAUUAUUCGGGAUUGUUUAAGAUAUCAUAGCGCUUUUCUGCUGAAAAACUAUGCUAACAUGGACGCAGUGCAAUCACUGCUGUCCAUGCUGAAAAGGGAGGAAACGCCGAACACUUUACAUGGAUUUGAUAGGCAUUUUACUGGUGCGGAGAACUUGGAAGGUGGAAUAUCCGUUGAACAAUAUCUGGGGCAGCCUGACCGCUUGAGUUUACGAGAUUCUACUACUGGGAAACUGACCUCUAGACUGAUGAGAAUCUCAACAUUUUUUGCAAAAGUGUGCUUGGAAUCUGUUGGUGGGGCAAAUGCAGCCUCGGCUUUAAUAGGUGAUGCCAGUAAUUGCUGUGUCAAGGUAACGAGAUUUUACAAAUCCACCUCCAAUUCUAUCAUGGAUCUGAAUUUUGACUACGAGGACGAGUAUAGACUUCACAGCUCUGCUGGGAUCAUAACGGUGUUUCCAGCGGCCCAGGGAAUCAAGUAUAAAGUCAAUGACGGAUGGAAAGUGAUCGAAGAGCCAGAUUGUAUUUUGAUUCAAACUGGAAGCUUGUUGUCUCCCUAUCCUAAUAGCAGCACCCAGAAUGUGGAAGCGAUAAAGUUCCCUAUGUCCAGCGUAAUGCAUUUCACAAUAUUCCCAUUAUUACACACUGCCUUUAGUUCUGAAACUGUUUUUGACGUCUUGCUACGCAACCAGAUCCAAGAAUUUCCACACAUAAUGUCAAAGCUGUACCCAAGAGAAUCAUCCAUUGACGCUCUCACUGCAAAAGUUGAGUACUGUAAAAACAUUUUCAACGUUACAGAUUCCGUUCUGUCGCUCUACUCGAUUUCAAGAUCGCUAAUGACUUCUGCUCCAGAGCUGUAUACUUUGCUACCACAAAUUUCCAACAUGCUUAAGCGCAAGGUUUCGCAAGAUGACUUUCUCCGAAUGAUGAGUAUUUGGGAUGAGGCCUACGCCUUGGAGUUUAAUAACAGUUUCGAGAUUACGAUACGACCUCCCUCUGCUGGGAUAAUGAAUCAUCUGUCGAACAAGUCUCGAAAACUUGAAUACACUGAAAGGGCGGACGAGUGGUUUCAACAUGCCAUAGAGACUGCCCAAAUUCCAUCUAAUGUUCCCGUACUCAGUGUUAAGAAAAGACGAGGAAGUGACAGUCUUGGAAAAUAUCAAGAAACCGCCACCAAUGGUGCCACUGCACCUUUUGAUCGUAAGCUGGCUAGCUUGAAAAAAAAUAGAUCGAAGGGGUACCUUUUCAAUACCAAAGAAAAGUUCAUGUUCAAAGAAGGAAUUUCUAAUGCAGGGGAUGUCUCUUUACUUGAAAGGAUUCGUGAAAAAGAGCGAAAAGCAGCAGCUUUGCUUUCUCAAAGAGAACGCAAUUAUGAACAGUUUCUGAACGUUAAAACUUACCAGAUAUUCAACAUUCUGUUCUCGCUGCCCCAAAAUAAACCAUACACCAUCACACAUUUAACAUCGCUCAUUAUUGACAGCCUUUCUGACAGUAAUAACCCUAUUGGCGAUAACGAAACACAUCAGGUUCUCUCCCGCUUACAAAGUUUAUUGCCAGACCGCAUCAAUAUGAUCGAAGCUGAGGGAAACUUGAAGGUGUACAGGUGGGUAGAUCUUGAUAAAGAAUUGUUAGAUGAAAGAAUGAAGUACUUGGCAUAA